GCCCAAUGAUAGCGAGUUUCCUUCCUCAACAAAGUUAACGACGUGGUCGAAUUUUAGCCGGCAAUUAUUCGCUAGUUUGCCCUCGAAUACAUAAAUACUCAAAGUACUUCGCGCCGAGAACGAUUAAGGGUAACUGAUUCUCAUAAAAGGCCCUCUGGAAAACACAAGUUCCUUUAUUUUCGCGUUUUCAUUUCUCUCUUCUACGAUUUCUCUGCCGUUUACAGUCGCGUUCGAGGAGCAAUCAACUUUGAAACAUGGGUGGUGUGAUCAGUGGUUUGUUCAAGGGUCUCUUUGGCAAGAAAGAAAUGAGAAUCCUUAUGGUUGGUCUUGAUGCUGCUGGGAAAACCACCAUUCUGUACAAGCUGAAGUUGGGAGAAAUUGUCACAACGAUUCCUACAAUUGGUUUUAAUGUGGAAACAGUAGAAUAUAAGAAUAUAAGUUUUACAGUGUGGGAUGUCGGCGGCCAAGACAAAAUCAGACCUCUUUGGCGACACUACUUCCAAAAUACGCAAGGUUUAAUCUUCGUAGUGGAUAGCAAUGAUCGCGAGCGAGUUGGUGAAGCAAGAGAAGAGUUGAGUAGGAUGUUGAACGAAGACGAACUUAGAGAUGCAAUUCUUCUCGUGUUCGCCAACAAACAGGAUUUGCCCAAUGCUAUGAAUGCUGCAGAAAUAACAGACAAGAUUGGCUUGCACAACUUAAGAAAUCGUACAUGGUACAUCCAAGCUACAUGUGCAACAAGUGGAGAUGGUUUAUAUGAAGGACUUGACUGGCUAUCAUCACAGUUGAAAAAGCAAAAGUCACGUGACCAGCUGUUGCUAAAUGGCCGGUUGGGAUUCACUAUUGAUCAGGAGAGCCUGCAAAAUACCAUAGUAAACAAAACCUCUAAAGUAUGGAGAUCACCUGUGCACUACUUCAGACUCGACAACCAGCCGCUCACGGUGUUUGGGCGUGUUCCUAAUGAAAUCGAGAGUGGCGGAAAUCAAGCCCCGCUCCUAAGACGAUCAGGCUUUGUUCCUCUAAAGAAGUUGCUGGUGACCGGAAGUGAUCUCGAACGCUGUAGCGGAAAUCGAGCCUCGUUCCUAGAAGAGACGAGGAUUCUGGGAACGAGAAACAUGGGAAGUGUGUUUGGCAAACUGUUCUCCGGUCUCUUCGGCAAGAAGGAGAUGAGAAUUCUCAUGGUCGGUCUUGAUGCCGCUGGGAAAACGACCAUCCUCUACAAGCUUAAACUCGGAGAAAUCGUCACAACGAUUCCAACAAUUGGUUUUAACGUGGAAACAGUAGAAUACAAGAACAUAAGCUUUACAGUUUGGGACGUUGGCGGCCAAGACAAGAUCAGACCUCUUUGGCGACACUACUUUCAAAAUACACAAGGUCUAAUAUUUGUUGUGGAUAGCAAUGAUCGUGAGCGAGUUGGCGAAGCAAGAGACGAAUUGAACAGGAUGUUGGGUGAAGAUGAACUUAGAGAUGCUACUCUUCUUGUCUUUGCGAACAAACAGGAUUUGCCCAAUGCGAUGCAAGCAGCCGAAAUUACGGACAAGCUGGGUUUACACGGCUUGAGAAAUCGUACAUGGUACAUCCAAGCUACAUGUGCAACAAGUGGAGAUGGUCUUUAUGAAGGACUUGACUGGCUAUCAGCGCAACUUAAAAAGAAAGAUUAAUACUGAUGAACUUGAAGACAUGGCAUACAUAGUGUAUUAAAAUAACAUUCUAAUUUGAUCAGACAAUUUCUCAUUUUAUUUUCAUAGAUCACUUGAAAUUUCCUCUAGUUCGUUUUAUAUUGAUGUUACUGCAGUGAAGCAGGUCUUGUUGAAAGUUUCACUUUACCUUAUCAGUUACCUUUUUCUUUUUCCAAGAUGUUUAUCCUCAGAUUGCCAUCAUUCUCAAAGAAAACCUGAUCAGAUCUGUGAUACCUAGAAAUUUCUGAAGAUGUUUUCUACAAAUGCAAAGACUUGGAAACUUUUGAGGAUGCCCUUACAGGGUUGAUGCAAACGUGAACUGGUGCUGUUUACUUUCUAGCACUAACGUUAUUUACAAUCAUUUGUAUGAUUUUAUCUCCUUUGAUACUGAUUUAAGUUUAUAUCAUGAGAGACAUUUUCAGUAAUGUACAGAACUACCUUGAUUUUUUCUGCUAGGCAUUCAGAUUUGGGUACUCAGGCAUGUUGGUGUGAAAUCAGGUUUUUCAAUCCACAGGUGUGAGAAUCAUAUUAUUGGCGUGAGAAGAGGCAGGAAUACUAAUGAGUGAAUGUUUGUGGAACAAAUACCAAAUUAUUGUUGAGUCAGUUUUUACUUCAAAGGUGAAGAAUGGUAAACAUGCAUUUAUACACUGUUUGAAACCUCAAGUUUAUCCCUCAAAACCUUAUACUUAUAGGGUUCUUUCUUUGAAAUACCUUUUGUUUUAGGAAAAUAGUGUUAACCCUGUAACUCCCAAGAUCUGAUUGUUAAUUCUCAACUUCAGCUGCCACACAUUUCCUUGUAAAUUAGUUGCAAGAAUUUUGAUUUUAGUAAGUUAUCCUUAAGCUGUGCUUCUCUAUAUUUUUUCUUUUGACUUUGUGAGAGAAUUUUUUGGCUAAACAAGAGAACACCGUCUAGUCGCUAAGUUACUGUCUAUUUUCACCUGUGAGCUGGAUAAUGCUGAUCAUGAAUAUUACAAAGAGGAUCCAGAUUUCAUUUACUUCUGGGAAUCAUCCUUUUUACUGCCAAGACCCCAAUAUCUUUUACCUUUACUAUCUGCUAGAAAUUUCUUGUUAGUUCUUAGAACUUGUUGUUCCAUAAAAGAGUAUCCCCAAUUGAUACUAAAGGAUUCUUCAUUAAUUUACAAGUAAUGUGAGCCAAGUCUCUAGGAUUCAUGAAUACUUUCCUGGACUUUCAAAGUUAUGGUGAUAAUUCAUAAAUGAUUCUUGUUUGUCAUAAAACAACAGCAGACAUUUUAACAAUCCAUUUGUAACACUUAAUUUGUUUUUUAAUGUAAAGACCAUAAGAGUCGUAGUUUGAGUACAAUUAAAGAAGCACUUAACUUU